AAAAAGAAAAAAAAACUUCAAUGUAUUGCUUUUUACUGGAGGUUUUCUGAAGUAAAGAAGGCUGAACUUGUGAAAAAAAUUAAAGAACUGGGUGGAGUUUUUAUUGACUCACAGAACUUUCAGAAUAAUGCAACACAUCUUAUAAGUGAAUACCUGACUUGUACUGAAAAGUUUCUGAAUUCCUGUGUGAAAGGUUUGUGGGUGUUAUCUCCUAAGUAUAUUGAGGAUAGUUAUAAUUUAGGAAGUUGGCAAAAUGAGGAAAACUAUGAACAUAGUAUCAAAGACCAAAACUCACUCUUGGUUUCUGCAUCUAAACGAUGGCGAUGGAAAAUUUCCUUUUAUAAAGAACAGCCUUUUUCUGGUUGGAAAGUGUCACUUAUGGUUGAAUCUUCCAAGCUGAGUGCUUACAAUAGAUUACUUAAAUAUGGUGGAGCAAGAAUUUUACCAAUGACAUUACCACUUGCUGCUGGGCAGCUUUAUGAAAUCACUUAUGUCAUCAUGGACCCAAUUUAUACAGAUCUGGUUGAUCAGCUUUUAGAAUAUGGAAUUCUUAGUUUGAGGGACACAUUUAUUUUGGACACAAUUUUAAAAGAUGAAGAACUGGAUCCAUUUGAUUAUCAGAUAACAAACAGUCCUAUGAAGCAAAAUUUCAACAUAGAGUAUGAACAUUUUUUUAGUAGUCUGAAUAAAUGCAGUGAAAGUAAAAGCUCCAUGCAAUUCUUGCCAAGUAGUUCAGUUCCAACUUUUCUUACCACUGACAGUGUGGAAUUACAACACAAAAACAGUUGUGUAGACCAAGCCACCAACAACUAUGAACCCAUUAUGAUCUCUGAUGAUGAAGAUGAUCCAAAUUUUAAAAUAAAGGACAAAGUAAAUGCCAUUCAUAUCCAUGAGUAUAAUAAUAUAGGUUCAAUGCAAAAGAAAAAACAAGUUUCUAUAAAAGUGGUCAGUCGAAGAGAUGAAAGCAUAUUAGCAAUCAAACCUGGCAUAAUACAUUUGGAGGACGUUGAAACAGGUCAUAACAUCAAAUGUACUAACUUGAGUGAUCUUUCUAAAGCCACAGAGAAUUUACAGUGUGUAGUAAUAACUAAUAAAGCAAAUAUUUUUAAAGAUAGAAUUCUUAAAGAAGUUGAGCCACAAGUGCAAAAAAAGAUUGCAAAUAGAAAACUUUCAAUAGAAAAUGAAAAUAAAAUGAAGGUGGAAAAUGAAAACCAUCAGGAAGUUUACUCAACAAAUGUACAAUGUAACUCCUUGAAAAAGAAUGUGUAUCUUUAUGGCCUACCUGAUGAUUCUAAUUUAAUAGUUAAAUCAGGAACAGAGAUCCAUGAUGUUAUAAAUGACAAAUUGUUGACUCCACAAGUUAAAUCUAGUACUAACGAUUAUCAAGAAUAUCAUACUCCAUUAAGUAAUAUUAGUGAUUUUGAUGUAUUAACUAUUACACCUAAGAAAGAACACAAAUCAUCUAAUGCAUCCACAGCAUUUUUAACCCUUCCACCAAAUAUUUAUCUUUAUGGCAAUUCCCCUUUGUCUCAACAAAAACAACUGGAUAAAAUUAAAAGUGAAGAAAUUAAUGUCAAAAAGUUGAGAAAGCAGAGAAAAAGAACAUUUCAAAAGCCAUUAUUAAGUCAAUCAGAAUCUGUCGGAGAUAAUUGUAACAAGAGACAUACAUCACCAAAACUACUACUUCAACAGAAUCCUUUACAUCACUCCAAAUUAGAUUCUAAAUUACUAAAAAAAAAGCUAAAAUUUCAAGUUGAUGUAAAAAAGUGUAAAAGAAGACCAAAUGUAUCAGUAGUGAAAAAAUCUGCAAGUAAUGCACAAGCAACUGUUAGUGCUUUAGACAAUGAUAUUGCAAAGUUGUAUGCUAAUAAUUCUCCAACUAAAGGUGGCAAACAAUUACAUGAUGAAAUGGAAUUAACAACUUCACCAUCAAUCACCAAGACAACACUUUGUGAAAAAAGUUUUUUUUCACAAAUAAGCUCCAGCCCUUUUGCCAUAUCUACACCAAAAAAGAGUCAAACCAGUCUAAAACAGUUUGGAUUUUCUUCAUCCUUCAUUACAGGUUUACAGAAACCUUCCUUAUCUACUACUGUAAAGAAAACUCUUACAUCACAAGUGCAAACUAGGCGUAACCUGGUAAAGUUUCUUCAACUAAAUGAAGCUGACAAAUGUAAUAAAGAUAAAAAGGAAGAAAAAUCUUUGAAAGUAAAACAUUAUACUGGUUGUUUAAAACAAGACACAAGCCAUUCACCUGAAUCAAAAAUCUGCGUGAAAAAUUGUGAUACAAGUAAAAGUAGUCUGAAGUCUCCUUUACCCUUAAAAACAGAGACUUCAAAGUCCAGUUAUGUAAUAUUACAAGAAAGAAACUGGCCAUUGUCUUACCCUCUGAAUGUAGAUUUACUGUCCUGUUCACAGGCUACCGAGAUGAACAAGAUAUUUGGUCAAUGUAUGGAGUCAGAUAGGGAACUUUUAAUUUCAGACUUUGCAUUAUCUUACAGUUUACCUUUUCUUGGACAUUACCCAACACCAUUACUUCUAAGAGAAUUGUUACUUCUGUUCCUCAAUGAAGAAGUUGAAGUUCAACGUAAAGCUCAUCAACACAUGAUGUCUUGGCUUCAGCUUUAUCCUCCUGUUUCCCCAGAGUUAACUAGAGUUUACAGUGAAGCAUUCAAUCUGACAAGUGACCGUUAUUUUCUUAUUGACAUUUUUAGAAAUGCUGUGGAGAAGUUGGAUGGGGCUGUUGGUACUCUGGAUGGUUUAGAGAGGUCUACACCAGUAAUUUGGUUAUUUACAUAUUUUGUUUCCAUGUUUGAAGUAAAUUUUGAUUCUUGUUUAAAAGAGGGAAAUCAGAAAUCCAUCCAAAGAAGUUUGAUCAUAAAAUGGCUAUGGGGCUGUCCACAGGCAGUAUUUCACAACAGUUCAACUAACCAACUCUUGAACUGGUUAAAAAAUGUAAUUUCAAAACCAGAGCCAAACCUGUGCUUAGCAUCAGCAAUUUUUUCUUUAAUUAGUUUGGCCUCUGAAGCCAUUCGUCUUGCAAGUGUUCAGUGGGACAUUAGUAGGUCAAACUUUGAAGAAGAUUCAACCCAUGCUAUCGCUUAUGCUUUAGCUACAAGUUUAAAGUCUUCUUUUAUUGUUGAUAACUACGAAUUGAUGGCCUCUUUGCUCAACUGUAUUCACCUCAACUGGUUGCGAACUCUAGUUGUAUCUAUUAUAUUAUCGUCAUAUAACAAACACCUUUUGUCUGACAGUAGUCAAUUGAAAUCAAUAUCUCUUACAAGCAUUGUUUCUCAGUUCUUUUUUUUACUACCACCUCUGGAAGAUUCUUAUGCUGCAGAGAGCAGCCAACAUGUUUUCUGCAAUAAACCAUGCAAAAAUGAAAACUCUAAAAAACACAAGCUUGCUCACAAUUUAGGAAAAGGCAGGACUUCUAAAAUUAAUAAGAAAAAUUGUAAAGGUGAAACUGCUCUACACAUUAGUUGUAAAAAAAAUGAUUUUGAAAAAUUAAAGGAAUUGUUAUUAACGCCAGGUGUCAAUGUAAAUAUUACAGACCAUUAUGGUUGGACACCAUUACAUGAAGCUUGCCUACAUGGUAGCUAUGAAUGUGUUAAAAUUCUACUUGAGUAUAUGCCUAACAUUGAUUCCAGUCAAUAUUUAGAAAAUUAUGAGAAUUCAUUAAAGGUUGACUUGAAUGCUAGCUCACCAGAUGGCAUAACACCACUUUUAGAUGCGGUCAGGAAUAAUCAUUUAGAUAUAUGCCAACUCCUGCUCAAAUAUGGGGGUAAACGGCUUUUAAAUGCCAAAACAAUUUAUGGUCAAACACCUUUAGAAUUAGCAGGGUCUGAGGAAAUGAAAUCUGUUUUAAGAGAUGUACAACUUUCAGAUUCACUUCUGGAGUUAGAAAAAGAUGUUGACAAUUCACAAUCAUAUGUUGAUAGCAAAAUAUCACACGAGGAUAUAAAUGUCAGGGCUACAAUGUUUGAGUCCGAUAUAGCCCCCUUAUCAUCUUCAUAUAAGUUAGUAGUGGGUUCUAAGUAUGCAUCAGUAACUCAAUGUUCUGCCUUUCUUACCCUGUUAUCAAUUUUAAUUACUUCUUGCUUAUUUUCUAACAUUCAACAAAGUAAUGGAAAAACAGAAAACGAAAAAUUUGUUUUAAAAAAUUUGUCAUUUUAUGUUAAACUAUUGAAAAGGCAUGUAAAAUACAUAUGUAAUCCACAUGACUUUCAAACUCUUAAGUUUCAUUUACUAAUUAUAAAAGAAAUUUGUAUGAAUCAUGAAGUAACCAGUAUUUAA